AUGUAUGAACCGGUCUGGGACGAAGAUGGCCGCGAAGCAGGAAAAAAACAUCAGGAGGCAGAGCAACAGCCACGCAUAUCCCGCACCUUAGAGAAGCAGACGGUUCGCGUAAUCGCAUCUAAGUCCCUCCAACUUUCUAGCUAUGCCGAGCUCACAGCACUACUGCAACAACCGUUUUCAAAGUUUGCCCGGGGCGACCCAAGGGACCUGAUCCAGAUCCGGCCCCCGGCGCUCUGCAGCGUCUGCUACAAUCUGGAUCCCUAUGCGGCCCCCCAGGAUCGCAGCGGCGAAGACGGCACGCGGGCAUGGGCCAAAGCCGAGUACGCAAUCCCUCCGGACACGCCAGUUGCGAAGAUCAAGAUCAGCAAGUCGGCAGAGCUGCUGGAGUCUGCACAGCACGGUUGCCUCACCUGCGCGAUAAUUGCUACGUCGCUUAGCGGAGUCUCUCCCGGCUGGGAAGAGGGAGAGUCAUUCAUGCAUCUCUUUCUGGCUCCCAACCUACCCUUGGUAGUGAGAUUGCAACAUGGCAGCACGUCGAGCUUGAGGACAGGAAAGGAGUCGAUGGUCGAUCUCGGAGUCCUGCUGCCCGAGGGUUCAGCGAUGAACUGGGAUAUCGAGAUCACAGUGAGCGAGGAGAAGAAACCGCAGGCGCUGGAGAUAGAAAUCUACAAACGGAACAUUGCCCCUGAGCAGUCAACCGUCGGCGACCUCGUUCUGGGAGAGCUCAUCAGGGACAUCGGCACUGCCACCCCUGUCUCGCAGCAUGCAGGCUCGGUUGAGUGCUACAAGUUCAUCAAAACCCACGUCGAGAGGUGCAUGCUGAGCCACAAUUGCUCGUCAUCAGGGCAUCUGCCUAAACUGCCCGACCGCGUCAUCUGGGUGAAGGCGCCGCAGAGUGAAACCCCCAGCGGUAUCCGACUAGUGGAGAGUCAAACGCACGGGAAGAAGCGAGCCCCUUACCUGACACUGAGCUACUGCUGGGGCCCCGUCUCGCCUUCGACCUUCAUGACCGACGAGUCCAGUCUUGAGACGCAUAAGGCGGGCAUUGCCUACACGGGCCUACCUCCGCUCUUUCAGGACGUCGUCGAUCUUGCCAGACUCCUUGGCAUUGAAUAUGUCUGGAUUGACCGGCUGUGCAUAGUCCAGGGGUCCAGCACCGACUUUGCGAGGCAGGCCCCUAAAAUGGGAACCAUUUACGGCAACGCCACGCUGACCAUUGCCGCUGCCUCUGCGACGUCUGAGAGUGACCGCAUCCUCGUCGAGCGAGACCUGAAAUGGAGCACGUACGACCUAAAAAUCACCGAACCAAGCAUGGGCAAGCUCUCAUUCCAGGUACGUCGGCGGUCGCAGCCGCUCGGGAUGGAGGCACGGGGCGGCGACUACGGCAAGGUGUCAACGCGUGCGUGGAUAUGGCAGGAGCGAAUGCUGUCAGCCCGCACCAUCUUCUUCACCCAAUCCGCCCUAAAGUUUGAAUGCCACGCCCACUCCAUCUGGGAAGGCUUCGGCGAGGGCGUGACAGGACCGUCGUGGAGCGCCCAACUCGACAACGUCACCUACAAGACUUGGAUGAACCUGGUGGAAGAGUACACGCAACGGGAUAUUACCCGCCCAGCAGACCGGCUGCCGGCCAUGGCGGCCACCAUGCGGCGGAUCGCCAAAGCGCGCGGCUGGUCGCCGCUGUACGGCAUGUGGGCGAGCGCGCCGAUUGACAGUCUCGGGUGGCAUGCCAAGGAGUGGGACGGCCCCGGGUUCAGGCAUCUCUGUAGGGUACACCCGGGCUUCUAUGCGCCGACCUGGAGCUGGGCCAGCGUCGAGGGCCCUGUGUCGUAUGUCAACGUCAAGAGGAUGGACGCGUACGACCCGGCGGUCGCCGACCUCGAGGUGACCAAAUGGGAUGCCGCGUCGGGCGUCAUCACCGUCCGCGGCCGCGUCAUUGCCACGGAGGUCAGGUGCGAGGUUACCGAGAGCCCGUUUCCCGAAGAAGAAGAAGUUGGAGACAGCAACCCAUCAGCCUCUGAGGAAAAGACGUUUGACUACCACUAUAACAUACCGGGUUUGACACAAAGAGGGGUUGGUGCCAUGCCCAUCACCGCCGACGUCGCCUUACAGCCGUGGACGGGCGUCAUCAAUGGCGAAAACGUCUCGACCGUCAUCCGCGUUCCGGAUGGCGAGCUGUGGCCGGAAAAGUCGUGGUCCGGCAACUGUCUGUGUUUGAUGGUUCAACGGCAGACGCUGAGGUGUCUCGUCCUCGUCUUGGGUCAAUCGCGGCGUGUGCCGGGGGCUUGGGAGCGCAUCGCCACGGUUGAUGGGCUUGAGCCGACUCUUUUUGACCUCGCGGCGAGGGUUGUUUUCGAAAUUGCUUGA